AUGCCGGAGAACACCGUGGUAGUCAUUCGUUACGGGCCUUACAGCACAUUGGGCUUGUCAGCGGAGCACCGUACAUUCCGCCUGGAGGGUCUGCAAGCUGUGUUGGCCAAAGAUGGACACCAGGUCAUCCUAGAAAAGAUAGAAGACUGGAACUUGGUAGAACUCAUGGUGAAUGAGGAAGUCAUCUUCCGCUGCAACAUUAAGGACUUGGAGUUUGGAGGUGAUGGUAAGCUAGACCCACUGUGUGAAAAGGCCAGGACUGCCGUGCUGAAUGCCUACUGA